UCCUUCGAGCAGACGUCGCGGCUGUUUCGUCCCAUCGUUGAUUCACAAAGUCACAAGAGUGUAAUUUCUCAGAGCCUGAAACAGGAUCGGAUCUCGUCGGAGAAGAAGAAGAAGAAGAAAACUCCAUUAGAGGUCCUCUUCGGUGUGUGGGAAGCCAUUGAGGUUCAGCAGCAGUGGGAGUGAGAUGGAAGACAAGAAGCAGCCACUGACGAAGGAAGCCGAGGAAGCAGGAGCCGAGGCGGAACCGAAGGUGGAAGCCAGAGAUGAUGCGAGCGCCGGCGGAGGAGGCGGAGGGGGAUGGGGCGGCUGGGGGUUCUCUCCGCUGUCUCUUCUCUCGGAUCUCCAGAAAGCCGCGGAGGAGAUCUCCCGAAAUGCUGCCGAGGUUGCAAAAAAUGCAGCAAAGAGCGUUUCGGAUGUUCCGGAUGCGGAUGAGAAUUCAGAAGCUUCCAAGGAAGAGGAAGGGCCGGAGAAAUUGGAUAGCGAUGAGGAAAAGGAUGAGGAAGAUAAGCUUCGGAAGUCUGCUCUGAAUAGGUUGGAGAAUGCAAGUGAAGACACGUUCCUUGGUCAGGGUUUGAAGGUUCUUGAUAGUUCUGUGGAGAAUUUUGCUUCAGGAGCAUGGCAAGCUUUAGGAAGUGCUUGGAAGGGGGGAACUGAUUUUGUCCAAAAGUAUGGGCUUGAACAUUCUGCUGUCAAUAUUGCGGGAUCUCUCCAGCAGGGUGGAACAGCUGGUUCUGCUGCACCUUCUUUACUGGAGACUGGAAAGGCUUUUACAGCCAAGGGAAUUCAAGUGCUUGAAUAUGUGGGCAAGGAGACCAUGGAUUUGCUAAUUACAGAGACUGGCAAUGAUGUUGAGAAAAAUUCCAAGAGGAGCAAUAACCAAGCAGAGGAUGAUCAGUUAUUCGAGGAAGUAACAUUUGAUCGUUGCUUCUAUAUAUAUGGAGGCCCCGAACAGUUGGAGGAAUUGGAGGUGUUAUCCAACCAUUGUGCUCUACUAGUCAACCGAAGAAAGGCAAAGUUACCGUCAGAGCAGAAGUCUUUGUAUGAUGGAAAGCUCAAAGAAAUUCAACAAAUCUUUGAUAUGAGCAGUGCAAUAGAUUGGAGUGGCUCAGAGUCUGAUAAAGGGAAGAAAAUAGAUAAUGCAGUUGCUGGAAAUGGUGACGAGAUAAAGAAAUUGCAUGAUUCUAGUGUCAAGCAAGCUGCCGAUAUGGCUGCUGGAUUCACGAAUGCCAUUACUGGACUUGCUGCCAGUGAGGUGACUCAGAAAACUACUGGGAGACUCGAAACUCUGCAUUCAGAAGGAGUUCAUAGACUCUCAGAGAUGUGCUGCUUUGCAGUGACUCAGUUACUGAUGCUGGGUAAAUCCAUCAUAUCUGAUGUCAACAAAGUGAAGGAUAACGACGACGGGGAGACCUUGAAGUUGGACUGGCCUGAAGAUUCAGUUGAAAAGGCCAAGUUAAUCAGGACAAAGGCACAAUUGAUGACUGAUAAUGUGGAAGCAGUUUCUCGCAGCUUCAUUACUGGGAUAUCAGAUGUCGCUGAAGCUUAUCUAGCAGCUAUUAAGAGAGCUAAUGCAGAUUUGCAGGAAGCCUCUCCUCAGGCUCCAAUCCAAGAAAAAGCCAAGGCCUUCUCCGAACAUCUUCAAUCCGACCAGGGUAUGGCUGUGGGGAAGAUUCAGGACGGGCUGCAGUACUUGUCGUAUCUUGUCAUCUCAUCCGCUAUGCCUCCUGCUUGAAGAGCCAAACUCCACUCUGUUACACUGAUAUUAACUCCCGCCUAUCUGUAUAUACUUUUGUUUACUUGAGAUCGGGAUGAGUGGUGGUUCAUUCCCGCCCCGAUCUGUCACCCUUCAAUCGUGCUGCUGUAUCGGAGUGGUUUAAGCUUGUCUUUCAUUUUCUAAAGUCAUAUGAAUCUGUAGAAAUUAGCUGACAAGUGUCUGAUGACGCAAUGUACCAAAUCAUGCGUUCAAGCUGGCUGGUCCAUCAUCAGUAGAUUCUUACUUAAAAGGAUUUAUUUUAUUUUUUUAUAAUGAAUUAUUUCUUAGACGGACCAAAUCAGCAUUAUAAAUUGUUAAUUUAUCGUU